AUGGCUUCCCCUCCAUACUCGUACUCUCCAACCGCACACUCACCACCGUAUCCGUCACCCGCGCAGCUCCCCAUGUCGAACAAGAAGCGAGCAUCAGAUGGCGCCCCUCCCGGGUCUGCCAAGCGCCGAAAGGCCUCGACACUCUCCGUCACCUCCGCAGCCGCCCACCCCCUUCGUCAGACUUCUUUCCCACCCGAAGCCGGCUCACCAUUCCCACGUUCACCCUCGGCCGACAACGCUAGCGUCGUCAGCGGCAGCCAAGUCAGUGCGCCUCCUAAGAAGAAGCGCGGCAGGAAGCCCAAGAACCAGACCAACGUUGAGACCAGAGAACAAACGCCCUCUCUUGUAGGCGGACGCGCACCUACAACUGUCAGCGGCGCAGGCGCUGGAGGCGACGCACAGGAGGAAGGCGCCAAUGAUGAUGAAGACGAUAACGAUAUGCGCAUGGCGCUGGUGGAUUCUACAGUCAGGACGCAGGAGCAGAAGCAAGAGGAGAUAAGACUCCGUGCCAUGCUCGUGGAGUCCUUUGACCCAGAACAGUAUGAUCGCUACGAACUCUGGCGUGCGGCCAAACUCACAGAGUCCGUAGUCAAGAGGGUCGUCAAUGCGACAGUAUCGCAAUCCGUCCCACCGAACGUCGCUCUCGCCGUCAAGUCAGUAUCGAAGCUUUUCAUCGGCGAGCUCAUCGAGAGAGCUCGAGAUGUGCAAGGAGAAUGGAUCAAAGGUACUGGCGAAAAGCAGGCAGACGUACCCACGCCGCCGCCCAAAGACGACGCGACGCAGACAGAAGACAGAAGAGGCCCCUUGCGACCAGACCAUCUCCGCGAGGCAUGGCGACGUUACAAGCUAUCGGGAGAUGGAGGCUGGGUGGGAAUUCAAGGCUUGUGGCAUGAGCAGCAGAGCAGCGGCGUGGAGAGAUUCCCUGUGCGAACUGGUGGACGACGAGUUUUCCGGUAA